UUGCGUGCUCCGCACCGCCAUCGCCACCGCUCUCGCAAAACAGUUCGCGGUUGGACCACACUCAAAUAGACCAGACCAGUUUUGUGCUUCAAAAGUGACAGUGAUGUGUACAAUAGAAUAGAGUUACAUAAUACUGGGACACCUAUCUGUGCGCAGUCAAAGGAUGUGCUCGCUGCUGUAACGUGAAUCGUAGGCAGGCGAGGUGCGCGAGCGCAACCACCACGCCGCCACUCUACCACCACUCGCCGAAGUGCGCGCAACAUGCCCACGGUGACUCAGCUUCUCUCUCUGCGCGUCCUAUGCCUGGUUGUAGCUGUGGUAGCAGAACCGGUACCAGGUCGCGUCCCCAAGGUUUACAACGCACUAAUCACGUCUAAUCAGAACUUGGAGCCGAGUAAGGCGUUCCCUGUCUACCAACCCGUUCUACACGAUACCUUCGCGUAUCCCUAUUCACCUUCAAUUUAUUUUGGAGACUUUCCACUUAAUAAUGGGAUACAAUCUAUACCUGGCCUGCCACCGAAAGAGCCAGUGCCAAACCAAUCGCCAGCGCCAGCACCAACACCGCAAGAACCAAUAGAGAAACCAACAGAACUCCCGCCAUCUUCACCCGAACCUUCUGAACAACCACGAAGCGUAUCAACAACGCCACCUCCACUGCCACCCAGUACUGAAUCUCCCAUUCCUCUAAACGAAUUUGGACUGCCACCUCAAGUCGUACCUUUAGGGCGACUCGACCCAGCUUACGACGGCUAUUCUCAAGUGGGACCCCUGACUUACUCCUAUCCCAGUUUUCGGCUAUACGACCCAUUCGAUCCCUUCCAUUUCAGCCCUUUCGCUCAUCUGCCUGCACUAUAUCGACCUUUUCCAAAUAUUAUAAGGCAUAGUGCACCUAUAUUAAUAAACAAAGAGACAUUCCCUACGGAAGCCCCUUCAACACGUAUAGAACAAUCGGCUGAGACCCCACCACCAGAACCUAUUGAUCUCAAUCUUCUAAAUUACUCAUCAAAAGACCCAGCGAUACCCAACGUGCCACCGCCCCCACUGCCACAAGGGAAUCUUAAGUCUGAAAAAUCAGAAUAAUUAUCUACCAUUUAUUAUCAAAGGUAUUAAAAUAAAUAUAACAACAAGAUAUGUAAAAAUUAAGCAACUGAAAUUAUUAGUAUUAAGACAGAAGAUAUUAGAGGCAUGACAAAGUUCCUGGAGAUUGUAUUAAUUUAUUGUACAAUUUUUACACAAAAUAUGUGUCGUUAUAUACACAUGAUUGAUGGUAUUAAAGUUAAUUAUUAAGAUUUAUAAAAAUGUAAAUCCCAAACAAUGCGUGU